AUGAAUCGUGUUCGUGUACUCAGCUCGCAUGAAGAGAGCAACGGUCCCACGGUUGUGGUUGUGGGCUCCUGCUUCCUGGAUUACAUCGCCUACGUUGAUCGCCUUCCGAAGCUUGGGGAAACCUUCAAGUCCCGGAGCUUCCAGAAGGGAUUUGGUGGCAAAGGCGCCAAUCAAGCCGUGGCCGCCGGUAGGCUUGGUGCGCGCGUGGCGAUGGUGAGUGUUGUGGGCUCUGACGGCGACGGUAGCGACUACAUUGCGAACUUCAAGAGGAACGGGGUGGACACCACAAACGUGUACCAGAAGCAGGGUGACGCGACAGGGCUGGCGAUGAUUUUUGUGGACUCCAAAACGUCAAAUAACGAAAUUGUGAUUAACCCCAACGCGACCCACGCAAUGACGGUUUCUUUCCUACGUCACCAAUCAGACAAUUAUAAUCGAUUUCUUUCAAGGAGUUGCCGCUUCCUCAUCUGCCAGAAUGAAAUUCCCUUAGAAACGACUCUUGAUGUGCUGCGCGAGGCACACAAACGUGGCAUCUACACGGUUUUCAACUCCGCCCCGGCCCCCUCACCGGCGGAGGUGAAGAUUAUUACGCCUUUCUUGCAGCAUGUCUCACUUUUCUGCCCCAAUGAGGUGGAGGCUGCAAUGAUCACUGGGCUGGAGAUAACCAAUGAGGCUUCCGCCGCAAAGGCCUCCAGGGCUCUGCAGGCGCUUGGCGUGCGGGACGUCGUUAUCACCCUUGGUGCACGGGGUUAUGUCAUUUGCGAGAGGGGUCUGAAGCCGGUGCAUGUACCUGGAAUUCGUGUGAAGGCCGUGGACACCACCGGCGCUGGCGAUUCCUUUGUUGGGUCGAUGGUGUACUACAUGUCGAGGGGCAAGACGCUUUCAGAGGCUUGUCGACGGGCGAAUGUUUGCGCUGCGAUUAGUGUCCAGCGGAAGGGCACACAGAUGUCGUACCCCACAAUUGGUGAACUCCCUGCGGAAUUUCGGGAGUAA